GGUACAUCCGUAAGUCUUGGCGAGGGUUAGCCGCGCAAGCCCUAAACACCCGUUCUCGCUUAGCGAUCCACUAGCGUCCCCGCUGCACUCAGACUCGCUCGCUCAGGCGGCCAAACCUCAGCGGAAAUUUUGAGAUUGAACUCGAAUCGUCACGACAACUCUCGAGCGCCAGCCAGCGAGACCCAACGAUACCGACAAGAUGGUCCUCGCAAAGAAGCACGUCCCCAUCGUCAAGAAGCGCACCAAGCGCUUCUUCCGCCACCAGUCCGACCGCUUCAAGUGCGUGCCGGAGUCAUGGCGCAAGCCCAAGGGUAUCGACAACCGUGUCCGCAGACGCUUCAAGGGCAACAUCCCCAUGCCUUCCAUCGGUUACGGUAGCAACAAGAAGACCAAGCACAUGAUGCCCUCCGGCCACAAGGCUUUCCUCGUCCACAACCCCAAGGACGUCGAGCUGCUGCUCAUGCACAACCGCACCUACGCCGCUGAGAUCGCCUCCGCCGUCUCCUCCCGCAAGCGCGUCGACAUCAUUGCCAAGGCCAAGGCGCUCGGCGUCAAGGUCACCAACCCCAAGGGCCGUGUCACCGUUGAGGCGUAAAUGGUGGAAUAGGAAUGAUGAAAUAAUAGAACGAAAAAUUUUGACCCUAGCUUCUUACCGCUUACAAAUAUACCAUGAAGGGGGCCGGAUGGUGGACGUCCUUUUUAUUUUCCUCCUCUUUCC